CAGUUCGACAGUGUAUAUAAGGUUUUGAUAUCUAGAAGACUCUGUGUGAUAUUGUUCGUGUUGUGAUGGCGGGUGUAACAAGGUGUGUGUUGAAGAGUUUUCUCAUGAACAGCGGGAAACGGAUCAUCCCGCAAUACACAGGAGGCAUGCAUGCUCAGCUAAAGACGCACGCGCGGACCAACAGCAGCGCCUCAGACAUUCCUGGUGUAAAAGAGCGCACUCUGGUUGCCAUCAAGCCGGAUGGGGUUCAGAGGCGUCUGAUUGGUCAGAUCAUUAAACGCUUUGAGCAGCGAGGGUUCCGCUUGGUAGGGAUGAAGAUGGUGCAGGUAUCUGAAGAAUUAUUGGCCCAGCAUUAUGUGUCCCUUCGUAAGAAACCUUUCUACCCCAGCAUACUACAAUAUAUGACCUCAGGGCCUGUGGUGGCAAUGGUGUGGGAGGGCCACAAUGUAAUAAAGUCAACACGAAUGCUAGUGGGAAACACAAACCCAGCUGAAGCUGCACCUGGUACGCUGAGAGGAGACUUUAGCAUUCAUGUUAGCAGGAACGUUGUGCAUGCUUCUGACUCGGUUGAAGUGGCACAAAAGGAGAUCUCGCUUUGGUUUCAGCGCUCCGAGCUGAUUGACUGGGCGUGUUGUGACCAUGGCAACAUCUACCAUCCAUGAGUGUGUGUGUCUAUAUGUUAGUUACUUUUAAAGAAAUGUAUUUUAAUAGAUAUUAACACUAUAACUGCUGCAAUGUAUAUUUUAAUCAUUUAUUUUUGCAUAUGGCAAACUAUUCAGGAAAUAUAUAACCAAAAUUACCUGAAUAGUUUGCCAUAUGCAAAAAUAAAUAAAUAAAAAUCUAUUUCAAAUUCACCGUAUUAUAAAAGAAUGUUUAACGUUUGAAGCCAAAACAUCUGAUGUUUCUUAAUGAAUUUGUAAAUUUUGCCCAGGAACAACAAUGUACAUGUGAUCUUAAGA